UUGGGGGCUGACAACUAUUGGUUGCACAGAAUUUAACGAUGAUAGUUUCGCACUCUGUCAGACUUGGCCCGUUGCCUUUUACUUCUCGGCAAUAUCUGAUCUUGUUCCCUCAUGAUCUGUGAGAACUGAGUUCCACCCCCACCUUUCGACGCAGGCUAUUUUGUCCGGGAGUCAGGACUUCCCUCAUAGGAUCAAAGGGCUCAGCCAUUGACUAGGGGGUGGAGGGAAAGCGGGGUCGACGGUCCGAUCAGAGGGGCUCCCCAGACCUCAUUCCUCGCUGCAGCUCUUCGGAUUUUAAAGUCAGGGUAAGAGAGAUGAGGAGGGACCAGAAGGACGGAGACAGAGCUGGAAACAAAGCCGCGCCGGGGAGCUCGCGGCGCGCGGCCCCUACGCUCCGGCCCGAGAUGAAUGCUGCGGCAGAAGCCGAGUUCAACAUCCUCCUGGCCACCGACUCCUACAAGGUUACUCACUAUAAACAGUAUCCACCCAACACAAGCAAAGUUUAUUCCUACUUUGAAUGCCGUGAAAAGAAGACAGAAAACUCCAAAGUAAGGAAGGUGAAAUACGAGGAAACAGUAUUUUAUGGGUUGCAGUACAUUCUUAAUAAGUACUUAAAAGGCAAAGUAGUGACCAAAGAAAAAAUCCAGGAAGCCAAAGAGGUCUACAAAGAACAUUUCCAAGAUGAUGUCUUUAAUGAAAAGGGAUGGAACUACAUUCUUGAGAAAUAUGAUGGGCAUCUUCCAAUAGAAGUAAAAGCUGUUCCUGAGGGCUCUGUCAUUCCUAGAGGAAAUGUUCUCUUCACAGUGGAAAAUACAGAUCCAGAGUGUUAUUGGCUUACAAAUUGGAUUGAGACUAUUCUUGUUCAGUCCUGGUAUCCAAUCACAGUGGCCACAAAUUCUAGAGAGCAGAAGAAAAUAUUGGCAAAAUAUUUGUUAGAAACUUCUGGUAACUUAGAUGGUCUGGAAUACAAGUUACAUGAUUUUGGCUACAGAGGAGUCUCUUCUCAAGAGACUGCUGGCAUAGGCGCUUCUGCUCAUUUGGUUAACUUCAAAGGAACAGAUACAGUAGCAGGAAUUGCUCUAAUUAAAAAAUACUAUGGGACAAAAGAUCCUGUUCCAGGCUAUUCUGUUCCAGCGGCAGAACACAGUACCAUAACGGCUUGGGGGAAAGACCAUGAAAAAGAUGCCUUUGAACAUAUAGUAACACAGUUUUCAUCAGUGCCUGUAUCUGUGGUCAGCGAUAGCUAUGACAUUUACAAUGCUUGUGAGAAAAUAUGGGGUGAAGAUCUAAGACAUUUAAUAGUAUCAAGAAGUACAGAGGCACCACUAAUAAUCAGACCAGAUUCUGGAAAUCCUCUUGACACCGUAUUAAAGGUUUUGGAUAUUUUGGGUAAGAAGUUUCCUGUUACUGAGAACUCAAAGGGUUUUAAGUUGCUGCCACCUUAUCUUAGAGUUAUUCAAGGGGAUGGAGUAGAUAUCAAUACUUUACAAGAGAUUGUGGAAGGUAUGAAACAAAAAAGAUGGAGUAUUGAAAACGUAUCCUUCGGUUCUGGUGGUGCUUUGUUACAGAAGUUAACAAGAGAUCUCUUGAAUUGUUCCUUCAAGUGUAGUUAUGUUGUAACCAAUGGCCUUGGGAUUAAUGUCUUCAAGGACCCAGUUGCUGAUCCCAACAAAAGGUCCAAAAAGGGCCGAUUAUCUUUACAUAGGACAGCUGCAGGGAAUUUUGUUACACUUGAGGAAGGAAAAGGAGACCUUGAGGAAUAUGGUCAUGAUCUUCUCCAUACUGUCUUCAAGAAUGGGAAAGUGACAAAAAGCUAUUCCUUUGAUGAAGUAAGAAAAAAUGCACAGCUGAAUAUUGAACUGGAAGCGGCACCUCAUUAGGCUUCGUUUUGGCUGUGUGUAUGUAUACGUGCAUCUGUGCAUGUAUACACCUGUGUGUGUAUGUGAAAUAAUGUUUAUUGUACAGAUGUGUGAGGUUUCUUUGUGUUUUAUGAUACAUUACAGCCAAAUUAUUUGUUGGUUUAUGGACAUACUGCCCUUCCAUGUUUUUUCCUUUUUGCCAGUGUUUAGGUGAUCUCAAAUUAGGAAAUGAACUUAACUAUGUAAAAGAUUAAUGCUAAAGUAAGCUUUUUAGGGCCCUUUGCUAAUAGAUAGUAAUUCAAUCUGGUAUUGAUCUUUUCACAAAUAACAGUACUGAGAAACUUUUAUAUAUAACUGAAGAUCACAUAAUACAGAUUUGCAUAAAAUUAUCAUGAUUGCUUUAUGUUUAUAUUUAACUUGUAUUUUUGUACAAACAAGAUUGUGUAAGAUAUAUUUAAAGUUUCAGUGAUUUAACAGUCUUUCCAACUUUUCAUGAUUUUUAUGAGCACAGACUUUCAAGAAAAUACUUGAAAAUAAAUUACAUUGCCUUUUGUCCAUUAAUCAGCAAAUAAAACAUGGCCUUAACAAAGUUGUUUGUGUUAUCGUACAAUUUGAAAAUUAUGUCAGGACAUACCCUAUAGAAUUUCUAACCUCACUGCCCCUUGUAGAAUAUGUAUCAUUCUACAUUAAAGAAAAUAAUGGUUCUUACUGGAAUGUCUAGGCACUGUACAGUUAUUAUAUACCUUGGUUAUUGUAUUGUACCAGUGAAAUGCCAAAUUUGAAAGGCCUGUACUGCAAUUUUAUAUGUCAGAUAUUGCCUGUGGCUCUAAUAUGCACCUCAAGAUUUUAAGGAGAUAAUGUUUUUAGAGAGAAUUUCUGCUUCCACUAUAGAAUAUAUACAUAAAUGUAAAAUACUGACAAAAGUGGAAGCAAUGUAUUUUAAAGUAAUUACAUUUCUGAAUUUAUUUUUCAUAUUCUAUAGUUGGUAUGGCUUAAAUGAAUUAACUGGAGUGGGUAGUGAGUGUACUUACUUCAAAUGUUUUGAUUUUGUUAUAUUUUUCAGUAAGUUUUUUAAAAAAUUAAAUUGGAUAUUAAAUUGUAUGGACAUCAUUUAUUAAUUUUAAACUGAAUCCCUGAAAAAUGCUCAAGCUAGUUCUUCAAUGAAGAUCCCCAAUGAAAAGCAUGAUGGCAUGAGUUUCAUCAUAAAGUUGUCUAGAUUCAAAGCGUUCAAAAUGUUUUAGUGAUUGCUAGAUUCUGGAUCAGUCUUCAUGUCUGCUAGAGACCAGUUCCUUUCUUUCACAUAAUUCUUUUAUAUAUUUGGGUCUGUUCUUCUGAGGCAUAGUAGGCCAGCUGUGGCCACAGGCCAGAGUUGUACUAUUCCUUUUUGUAAACACAUUACCUAUGGCUGCUUUCCCACUACAACGGCAAAUUUUGAGUAGUUGCAAUAGAGACCAAAUGGUCCACAAAGCCUGAAGUGUUCAUUAUCUGGCCCUUUACACCAAAUUACACAAAAAGUUUCCUGACCCUUCUAAGACAAGGAGUGUGCCUUGCAACUUAAGAGAAUUGGUUUCCAGGGAAGGGAGGAAGCCAAAUAGCAGAUAAGGAGCUUUUGGGGUUUUUGUCCUUUCUUUUCUCAUUUGAGAAUCAUUUAAAAAAGCUUUAACAACAUGACAUAAAUUGUGAAAUUUUAAAAAUUGAAAAGCCAUAAAUUAUCUGUUUUAAACAGUUACAUGGGAAUAUGUUUUAUCACUAGAAUUAGAGUCAAGUUAGCUUUUUAUAAGUGACUUUAGGAAGAGUGUAGGUCCUUCAGAUGGUUCUAAACACUUAAAACAAUAAGCAUUACUUUUAGUAAGAGCCUUCAUUCUGUAAUCCGUGGUAGAAAAUAAUUUUAAACUGAGUUUUAAAACUCAUUGGUAUAAAGAUUAGUAAUAAAAAGGACAUUUAUCUUCACAAAACGUGCUAAGGGGCGUAUAGAAGAAUUAAAUAUAUUAAUGUUGAUAACCACCCGUAAUUUAUAUUUGUUUAAACACUGGCGUUACACUACAGGCAAUAAUUGUGUUUUGUGAAUUGCAGCAGCUUCAGACUAUCUCAGUGGACGCGAAAAGCUGUAUAUUUGUAUGUGACCAUAGAUUAGGAGGUGGGACAAUUCAUUCUAUAAGCUCUUAGCUACUUAGGUUGAUUUCUGAAUUUGUCACUAAGCACUACAUGUUUGACCAUCUGCAUUCUAAACAUCAAAUGGUUGACAUGAAUGUCAAGUAGACUUCUGCCGUGUGUCUCCCUUAAAUCGGCCUAACUCUUCUGGACAAAAGCGAAUGGCAUAGAUGGUUUUUUAUAAAGUCAGAUUUGCAGUUGACAUUAAUCAGUCCCCUUUAACUCAUGAUACCAUCAAGUAUUUAUAUUCUAAAUAAGAGGUAGGGGUUCUGUGUUAAGAUUUAAUUUAUUUGUACCUUAUACUUAAAAUGGUUUUUAUGAUUUUCCUUUCUUUUCUUGAAAUAAAUUGUUAUGAAAACAUUUUUAUAAUGAAAUCCAUCUUGGAAAAUUAGAAAGAAAAAUGGCAAGGUAUUUAUUGUUCUGUUUGCCAUAAUGUAGAACUCACACAGACAAAUAUUUUGUAGUUUUACAUUCCUUUUUAACUCAUUUCAGUGGAGAAUGUCAACUUUUCUCCCAAGUUGUAUGUUGAAUUCUAGUAUGUACGCAACAGCAAAGAUAAACAUGUAAUAAACAUGGAAAUAAAGUUUAGCUCAAUUAGUGAAAUGUUAAA